ACGAUCGGUCAUUCAAUGCUGAAGUGCAAAAACUUGUUGCUCCUUGGCCCUUUGCUGCAGCUGUUGCUGGUGCUGCUGAUAGCUGUAAUCGGUGGUCAGACCGAAACGGUUCCCUGUAAACUAAAAGAUGCGGAAUAUGGCAAAGUGUGCGUGUGCACUUCGGACUACUGUGACUAUUUGGACAAUCCGACACUGAGCAAGGAUGAGGAAUUUGCGCUUAUUUCCAGCAGUAAGAAGGGACUUCGAUUUGAAAUGAGCAAGGGAAACUUUGGUGAGAAGGAUAGGUAUAUCGUAAAGGACUAUGAAGAGCCUGCGACCGAAACCGCUGCCAGCAAUGACACGAUCUUAUCUCGGCUAAUAGAUCAAACUCUAGACAAAAUAUUCAGCCAAGCCGACUCACCGACAAAACCCAUAACAAGAUCUGUAAAGCUCAAGCUUGACCGCAGUAAGCUGUACCAAAGAAUUGAAGGAUUUGGUGGCAGUUUCACGGGAGCCGUAUCCUAUUUGGUGGAUAACUUUAAAGCACAAGGUAUUCAAGAUCAUCUCUACAAGUCCUACUAUGCCCCAAAUGGAUUGGGAUUCAAUUUGUUGCGCAUAUCGAUCGGAGGUUGUGAUUUCGAUUUGGCACCCUGGGCCUAUAACGAGAAGCCCGAGAACGAAACUGUUCUGACUGGCAUGGAUGAGCUGGACGCUCGGGAUGUUCUACGCUUGGCGCAGAUUAAACGACUAAAGGAAGUUUCAGGGGUGACAAAUCUGCGCAUCAAGGCAGCUGCCUGGAGCGCACCGCCUUGGAUGAAGACCAACAACAGGUGGACGGGCUUUGGUCGUCUAAAACGACAAUACUACCAGACCUGGGCCGACUAUCACCUCAAGUGGAUCGAUUUGAUGGCAAAGAAUGAUCUGCCGAUUUGGGCCAUUUCCACUGGAAAUGAGCCAAUGAAUGGAAUACUCUUCAUGGUCUUUGUCAAGUUCAUGAGCAUGGGCUGGACACCACAGACACAGGCCAUAUGGGUGGCCGAUCACUUGGGACCCACGAUUCGUAACUCAAAGUACAAGGAUCUGUUCAUCUUCAGCAAUGAUGAUCAACGUUACACCAGCCCGUUCUGGUUCAAGCAGAUGAACCGUACUCGCCCUAACUCCCUCCAAUACAUUGACGGAGUAGCACUUCACUGGUAUUGGGACGAAAUAUUCGGCAACAGCUUUGUUCAUAGCACCAACGAGUUCAUGGCCAACAAAAUCCAGAUCAUUUCCGAGUCUUGUAUUGGCGACAAGCCCUGGCAGAAAGCUGCACCUCUCCUCGGCAGCUGGGAACGGGCAGAGAAAUAUGCACGCUCAUUUAUGUCACAUCUCCAGGAUGGCUUCCACGGCUGGAUAGACUGGAAUAUCAUAUUGGACGAAGUCGGUGGUCCCAACUACGUCAACAACACAGUUGAUGCUCCAGUGGUUGCCAACACGACAUCCUAUACUGAGUUCUACAAGCAGCCCAUGUUCUAUAUAAUGGGACACUUCUCGAAGCUGGUGCCCGAGGGCUCUGUGCACAUCGAGGCGGUGGCCAGCAACGUCAAUCUUGACUCUGUGGCAUUCAAGAGACCCGACGACAAGAUCGUCGCUGUGCUCUUCAAUAGCGGACGUGCCGAUCUGAACAUCGAUAUCACGGAUACGAUUCGUGGUAAUUUGUCGAUCAAUGUGCCAGCCCGGUCCAUACACACCAUACUCUAUAACUGAUUGAGCGAUAAAUUUGCAUAUUUUGACGGGCUGAAUU